AAGAGGACUCCAUCUGAGGAAGAGCGUCAUGCUCGCAAGAAAGCAAAGAAAGCAAAGCGAGAAGACAAAGAGAGGAGGAAACGACACGCCCAUGAAGAUGAAGACGGUGCACAACGCAAACGGCAUCGUUCACGUUCAAGAAGUCCAAAACGUAGAAGAAGAAAGUACUAUAAUGAACCGCCUUCUCCAGGAGAUCCGGGUCCUUCUACUUCUGCCAAUCGAUCCACUUAUGACGAGAAACAUCAGUAUGAUUAUUACGAUGACCUUGAAGAAGAAGCGGCACGCGAGCGACUUGAACAGGAACGCUUCGAGGAGAAAAUGCGCGAUGCACUGGAAGAUGACGGAUUGUACGACUCCACUCAGCGUCUUGAUGGUGUAGAAGCACGGCUCAACUCAUACGCGCACAUCCCACGUCGGUGGCGUGGGACGGAUGAAGGCUUUAGUGCAGGAUUAUGGAUGGAGGAUGCACGAGAAGAUAUCGGUCUUGAACGCAGGAAGGAAGCACGUAGAGCUCGCAAGGAACGUGAACAGCGAUUACGCGAGGAAACUCGAAAUUUGGAACGCGAGGCACAAGCUGAGCGCGAAAUGCGCGCUGCCACAAAAGCUAAACGACGCAUUGAAGAGGCAAGACGUCGUUAUGAAGAACGCUGGACUUCUCUCCUCUCUCGGCCUACCGCAAAUGCAGCUCUUGAAGAUACCGGCACUCUUAAUUUCGAUGACAUUCCAUGGCCUAUCUAUAUCAAAGGCUCUAAAAAGUUGGAUACCGAAGAGUUCACGAAAGAUGCUAUAUCAUCGUUCUUGUUACACAAGGAGAAAGAGAAGGCUAAUGGAGGGGAGAAUACCGAACCUGUCUCCCAGUCUUUCAAGGAUAUCCUGAGGACAACGAUGCUUCGCUUCCAUCCCGAUAAAUUCGAAGCUCGAAUUUUGUCUCGCGUUGUGGAGAAGGAUAGGGAGUUAGUGAAGGAAGCUGCGAAUGCAGUUGUGCAGUUCCUAAACGACUUGCUCAAAGAGUAUCGGGAAUGAAUGGGCACAAGAACUCCGGAGUACUCGAAGGCAUUGGGAAACAGGCAGAGUAGGAUAUUUGACACUGUUUCGGUACGGGGACGAUAUAGAUUUGAUAACCACUGAUCUGUGUCUGCUUACCUAGAACAGCG